CAAUACUAAAAAAAAAUUGUGUAAAGAAAAUCAAUGGCUACUUAUAUUUAUGCAUGUCAAGUUAAUUUUUGUUGUUUGAAAAAACCUCUUAUACCCAAAUUUAAAGAUUUGAGAGCUUCUGUUUCAUCUACUUUCAAGCCAUUUUUGUCAAAUUUGGAAAAUUUGGAUGUACAAAAAGUUAUUAAGGAAAUUUCUUUCAAAUUAUUGGAUAAUUUUGUAGAUUUCACCUUUGAAUUUGUGGACCAACCUUUGCUCCCAUCUCAGAGUAAUUUUGCACCUGUUGAAGAGAUUGGAGAAGCUGUAAGAGUCACUACAAUUCAAGGGAAAAUUCCAAAUGAUUUUCCAGAGGGUGUUUACAUAAGAAAUGGAGCAAAUCCUCUUUUUGGAGGAUUGAAAUCAACCAAGUCAAUAUUUGGAAAAUCAAGUCAUAUAUGGGUUGAAGGUGAAGGAAUGCUUCAUGCUUUAUACUUUACAAAAGAAAAAGAAAAAGGCAACAAAUGGAAUAUAUUUUAUAAGAAUAAAUAUGUAGAAACAGACACAUUUAACAUAGAAAAAGAUAGAAAAAAACCAAGUAUUGUUCCUAAUAUGGAAGGGGAUUCUCUUGCUGUUUUCAUGGCUAUCCUUUUAAAUGUGGUAUGUCAUGAACUAUACUAUACCUCUUUCAUCCAAUUUUUUGUUUUUAUUCGAUAUUUUGUAUCUAUAUUACAAUUUCAACUAAUAUUAUAUUCAUAUCGCGCAAGACUUAUUAGAAAAGAAAGUUCCUAUGAAGUAGGGUACGAGGUUUUACUCUGUCUAUCCUUGUUAUUAUUGGGUCAUAAAAAGAUACGAAUCUUAAGAUUUGGUGUAUUUCACAAAUAUCUAAGCAAUACAAAUGUGUUUGAGCACUCAAAGAAAUACUAUUCAAUUGCUGAAAAUCAUAUACCUCAAGAGAUAAAUAUACGAACUUUAGAAACUUUGGGAAAUUGGACUAUUAAUGGAGAUUGGACUCGAUCAUUCACAGCCCAUCCAAAGAAAAUUCGAGAUACGGGUGAGCUUGUAAUAAUGGGAACCUAUCCACUAAAGCCUUAUUUUGAGCUAGGAGUCAUUUCAGCUGAUGGAAAACAAAUGAUUCAUAAGGUGGAUCUCAAAUUAAAUAGGUGUAUUCUUUGCCAUGAAAUUGGAGUUACAAAAAGGUAUAAUGUGAUUUUGGAUUUUCCACUAACUAUGGACCUAAAAAGACUUAUUAUUGGAGAGGAAUUAAUAAAAUACAAUGAAGAUGGAUAUGCAAGAAUUGGAAUAAUGCCACGUUAUGGUGAUGCUAAUUCCAUUAAAUGGUUUGAAGUUGAACCAUGUUAUGUAUUUCACCUAAUAAAUUGUUUUGAAGAUUAUGAUGAGGUGGUGGUGAGGGCAUGUAGAGCUCGUCGAUGGAUUAUACCAAGACCAAAUGAGUCAGAGUUGAGUUCAGAUACGUUGAACGAGACAAGUUUCAGUAAAGAUAAUAUUGAAUCGUCAAAAGAUUUAUUUUCCUUUUUUAAUGUUUGUGAAUGGAGAUUAAACAUGAAAACAAGUAAAGUGAAGAUGAAAAAUCUAACUACGAACGAUCAUCGGUUUAUUAUGGAACUCCCAAUGAUCAAUGAACACUUCAUUGGUCUCAAAAACAAAUUUGGUUAUCAACAACUUAUUAAUUUAGAAACUUUCUCUAACUCAGCAAAGAAUGUAUCAGGAGGAUUUGCUAAAUUUGGAGGGCUAGCCAAACUUAAUUUUGAAGAAAUUUCAAAGGAUGACAAAAAAGGAGAUUUGAUUAAGGUUGAGUAUCACAUUUUCCCAAAAAACACAUUUUGUAGUGGAGCAACAUUUGUUCCAAAACUUGAUGGUGUUGAUGAAGAUGAUGGAUGGAUUGUGGCAUUCACACACAAUGAAAAUACAAAUCAAUCUCAAGUUUAUAUACUCGAUGCAAAAAACUUUGAAAAUGAGCCAAUUGCCAUAAUCCUAUUACCUAAUAGAGUGCCAUAUGGAUUUCAUGGAGUUUUUAUGCUAUUCAACUUAUAGAUAAUGUACUGUCAUACAGUAGCGGAGCUAAAAAUUUUAUCAAGAAAAGUUCAAAAUAUAAAAAAAUAAAAUACAUGAACUAGUCGAACGGAGUUCAUUAUCUACUAUAUGCAAGUAGUAUAAUUUCCCGCCCCUUUGUGUAUGUCACUAAAAGUAUUAUCGUGAUUCAAUUAUUAUGAUUAUUAUCUAUUAACUUGAGAGCUGUAUAAGAACUUAGCCCAUAAACUCGAUCAUACAUUAACUUGAGUUCGAUGUAAGGACUUAUGCUUAGCUCAUAAACUCGAUUAUAUAUUAACUUGAGGUCGAUGUAAGGACUUAUGCUUACUUAGCCCAUAAACUCGAUUUUAUAUUAACUUGAGGUCGAUGUAAGAACUUAGGGCAUAAAGUUCGAGUCGUGGACGG